UCCUGGUUGAAAGGUUGAGGACGUCAUACUCAUGCUGCCUGGAACCACAACACGAAGCUAAAUAGCUAGCAAAACAGCUGUUUUAAAUAGUGGUAUAUUUAUUAUUUUUGUGUAUUGGUACUGUAGCGCGUUUUGGCAGAAAUGUCCGGAAAGGCUAAAGAUAUCCUACAGCUGGAUCUGUACGGUUUACUUGGCGUUGAAAGCACUGCUACAACGAAAGAGAUCAAGAAAGCGUAUCGACAGAAAGCGUUAACAUGCCAUCCAGACAAGAACCCAGACAACCCAAAAGCAGUUGAGCUCUUCCACCAGUUAUCCCAGGCUCUUGAGGUGCUAACUGAUGCCGCCGCCAAGGCUGCUUAUGACAAGAUUUGUGCUGCCAAGAAACAAGCAGAAGAAAGAAACAAGAAACUAGAUAGCAAGAGAAAGAAAAUUAAACUUGAUUUGGAGGCCAGAGAGCGACAAGCAGAAGCUCAAAGCCAGGAGGAAGUGCAGAUCACUAGAACACUCGAGGAAGAGAUUGCCCGCUUGAGGGAGGAGGGAUCCAGACAGCUUGAAGAGGAGCAGAGGCUCAUCAGAGAGCAGAUCCAGAGAGAAAGAGAAGCACAUCAACACGGAGGAGACCACACUCAGAGAAACUCAGGAGUGGAGAGAUGUUCCAAGAGCAACGUAACCCCAAAAUUGAAGUUGAAGUGGAAGUGUAAAAAAGAUGAUGAGACAAAUGGAGGUUACUCUCAUGACAUUCUGUUUAAACUUCUACAAAAGUAUGGCGAUGUUUUGAAUGUGAUCAUGUCGAGUAAGAAGAAAGGAAGUGCUGUUGCAGAAUUUGCAACUGUGAGAGCUGCUGAGCUGGCUGUAAAGAAUGAAAGUGGCGUAGCUGCAAAUCCCCUGAAGAUUUCCUGGCUUGAAGGACAGCCUGAGGUUUUUGCCGCAGCUUCUCAUUCUGGGCAGUUCAUGCCUUCACAGGCUUCCCUGUCCAAUGAGCGUGACUACGAAAGCAUUGUGAUGAUGAGGAUGAGGCAGGCCGCCGAACGUCAGAAACUCAUAGAACAAAUGCAGAGGGAAGACGAGGAGGAAGCUGCCACGUCGUAGCACCACAGGACAGCGCUGUGAGAAAUAUUAGAUGUAAUCCUGCAUCAGGCUUUAGUUUCAUAAAGCCUCUUAUUUGUUUUUAUUAUUUUUUUGUAUGUAAUGUGAUGUGUGGCAAAAUAAACAAUUUUCAUAAACAAACAAAAAACAGUUUUUGUGUCAUGGCCUUUCCUGAGAAGAGAUGUGAGAACCAGCAGGGUUUGAUGCACAGCUGGGUAGUGCCAGAGAGUAGAUACAAAUUUGGAGAUUUAAAAUGAUUUAGACUGGAAUGCAUCUUAUGACUAUGUAAUUGCACUAUGGUGUGUGCGUUACAGGCCUCUGGGGAUUGAUUACUGGUCUAUUGGUCUAAGCAUCACUAAGUACUAAUACAUUUCUAGGUAUUUUUUUUGACAGAAAGUCUUUAUUUAUAGUGUUGUAAUAUUUUAUUAUCCUUUUCUUUAUCCAGGUGAAAGUCUAAUUAAGAUUUAAAUCUCAUUUCCUAGAGAGAGCAGGCCAUCAUGGCAACAAAAGUUACAACAAAUACAACAUAAGUUCAAACCAAAUACAACAUUCCAUAGAAACAAGUGAGCACAAAAUAAGCAACAGCAGAUCAUAAAAACAGUCACACUGACUAAAAGAGUUAUUCUCUCUGUCCUCUCCCUCAGUUCCUUCUGUAGAUUAUUCCUGGAAACAGGGGCGCCAUAUUUAAAAGCUUUUUCCCAGUUGUCUUCUGAUUUUUGUUACAGUCAUUUGUAUGACAUUGUGAGAGCGAGGCUAUAUUGGAUGUGGCUUUUACACAUAUAAACACACAGAUAAGAGGGAACCAGCCCAAGGAGAGAUUUAUAGAUAAAAACCAACCAAUGAGAAAGUGGAGAUCUACAGAGAUGGUCAGGAUUUCAAGAGCCAGUAAUAAAACGUAAAACACAAUGGUAGACAGUAUCUAAGCUUUUUAGAUAGUGGGCAGGUGCAUUCCUAAAAAGCAGGUCACCACAAUCCAAUAAAAGUAAAAAAAAAAAAAAGUUGCAUAAAACAAGUGUUUCAUUUACUUGGAGAGAGAAACAACAUUGAUUUUUUUUAAAAGGUAACAUAAUUUCAACUUGGACACAAGCCUUUCAAUGUGAGUUUAAAAUGACAAAUUCUGAUCUAUAAUGAUACUUAGAUACUUAUAAGAUGUGACCAUUUCUAUUUAGGUCCAUUAAAUGGUUUUAAUCUCAGGAAACGUUAAUAACAACUAACAUGAAGUUGGAUUUCUCUGCAUUUAAAACGAACUUAGGUUGAGUUAAACGGAACUGAACAAAAUCAAAGCCAUACUGCAGAAAUUUAAGGAGUUGUGCUGCUGAUGGAGAUGAAGAAUAGAUAACUGUAUCAUCUGCAAAAAGAUGAAAUUGAAUGUUUGAUAAAUUUUCAGAAAGGUUAUUUAUAUAAAGAGAAAAAAGUAAUGGCCCUAAUAUGGAUCCCUGAGGAACUCCUUUGGAUACUGGGCAAAAAGAGGGAGAACACCCAGCAAUGUGGACACAUUGUGUUCUAGCUGACAAGUAAUUUGAAGACCAACUUACAACAUUUACAGACAGACCAAAAAUCUUUAGUCUGUUUACUAAAAUGACUCGGUCAACUGUGUCGAAGGCCUUCGACAAGUCAAGAAAAAGAGCAGCGCAGUAUUCUUUGCAGUCCAUUGCAUCAUUAAUGUCCUUCAACAGUUUAAUAGCAGCGGUAAUGGUGCUGUGUUGUUUUCUGAAUCCGGACUGCUGUUGGUAAAGAACCGAAUUUUGUCCAAAAAUUCUUUUACUUGUUCACUAAUAAAGUUUUCUAGAACUUUUGCUAGAACACACAAUUUAGAUAUGGACCUGUAGUUAUUAACAUCUGAAGGAUCACCUUUUAACAAUGGGAAACCAUAGGCAGAUUUCCAUAUUGCAGGGAUCUCAUUGUUCAAAAGGCUGAGAUUAAAAAUAUAAGUUAGUGGUUCUGCUAUAAAAUCUGCAACCAACUUAAGAAAAUAAGGAUCAAGCUGAUCUGGCCCUGCAGAUUUAUUUGGAUUCAACAGAUUUAAGGUCCUGUGGUCUUCAAAGAAAUUUGGAAGAGAAAAGCUGAAGGAUUGGUCCAAAGAUUCAGUUUGAGUGGUAAAAGAGAGAGCCUCCUGUUUAUUAGGCAGUUUUAAAUAUGGAUGUAAAGAUUCAAAUAAAGACCUGGAAGAAACAAAAGACUCAUUAAAGCAGUUUAGAAUUUCACAUUUUUCCGUCUUUUACAAAAAAAGCUGGCAUCUCAUUGGUAGUUUUGUCCCUAUAAGAACAUGUUAUAAUUUUUUUUUAGGAUCGUUAAGAUGUUCAGUAGUUUUUGAAAGAUAAAAUUCUGAUUUGGCUUUUAAUGAAGAAGGCUGAAUGAUUUCUUAGCUGUCUAAAAAUCAGCCAAUCUGCCUCAGAUUUAAAAUCUCUGGCAUUCAUUUAGGGCCAAUUUCAUUAAAAUCUAAAGUGGACAGUUUGUCACUAAGUGAAUUUAAAGCCUCAAUAAUAGCUGAGGGGGGUCUCUAACAACCUACAAUAGGAAUAAAAUGGUCCUUAAAAAGUUGGAGCUUAAAUGCAGGAAAGAAAGAAAGAAACAGUUUAGUAAAAGAUUAAAAGAUACUGAAGAAUAACAUGGAAUUAGUUUUUUACAUAAAUUGCAACACUAACACAAUGAAAAAAAAAUUGUAGCCCGUUAUUGCAACGUCUUUGUCAGUAAUUGCUAUUGUUAGCCAAGUUUCAGAUAAUGUAAGAAUAUCAGUAUCCAAUGUGUUCACCCAAAUUUUUCACUAAGUCCAGUUUAGGAAGAAGAUUAGUGACAUUUAAAUGAAUAAUACCAAGUCCCAAUCUAGCUUUAAAUCACAAGGAACAUUUAAACAUUUGUAAUCUGGACCAGGAUUAGGCCGUAUAUAUUUCCAGAUAAAAGCAGCAAAAGAACAACGAAGCCUUUUUUUAGUAGUAUCACAGACUGAUUUCUCUUAUUGCUCAGUCUCUUUGGGAGGUGAGAGCACAGGGAAAUAAACCAGUCAUAUGGAAUAAAUAAAUGAAUUAAAUCAGACAAACUGAGAUCUGCACUGAUGUUCCCUAUGAGAGGACUAGAAAAUGAGGUUUAUCUUGCUCUCCAGACUGUUGUUGUGCCUCACGUGGACAGAGAGCCCAAAGAGAUUGGCCUUGCUACACCACACAUAAUCAAAGUUGCAUAAUGCUGUAAUUUGCAUCUGUCAACCAUUGUCUGGUUCAGUGUGACUACUCACUGCCUCAUUAUUCAAGCCAAACAAGUGUGAUGUAAAAAAAAAAAAAAUCAUUCUUGUCUGCACUCUCAUUCAGAAGCCCUGAUCCAAACCACAGACUCUCUGGUGUAACUACGUGGAAAUCGUUUUUUCGUCCAUCCUAAACCAGUAAUCAGGCUGCGAUUGGAACACAAGGUAGGCUUUUAUGGAAUUCUUGUGGGCUUGUGUGAUGAAAAGUGAACAUACUAGAGGCCCUCCAUUAUAAGAGUUGGUGGUUUAGAUGAUUUUUCCCAUUUCUUUGUAUUCACUAGAGAAAUUGUCUACUCCUGGGUCUGAUCUUUGGUGGACAUUGAACAUGUGCAUUUUCUAUGCAAAUCCUUUAUUUUAUAAAACUCAAACAAAUGGUAAAAAAAACAAACAAAUUACUUCGUCAUGGAUCUUCAAAUCCAGUUUUUAUUUUGCGACUGACGAGAGUGAGUAGCUUUGUGUAAUUUACACGCCAUAGCAGUUCCUUGCAAACACUUGCUUUGAACAGAAGGUGGUUGUGGCCCUCCGAUGACCAUGUUGGGGAUGUCCUCUCCCUUUAUCAUCAUGCAAACCCAAGAGUAAGAGAACCAGUGUUCAGAGCAAUCUGAAGCUUGAGCUUUUGGGUUAUAGAGACGGUGUGUACAUCAACUGACCUUCUUAUUUUAAACAUGAACAUUCACCACAAAAUGUAUAUACUAGGGGUGCAACGAUACACAAAA